ACCAGAUCCAAGAUGGCGGCCAGCAGGAGGCUGAUGAAGGAGCUUGAAGAGAUCCGCAAAUGUGGAAUGAAAAACUUCCGUAACAUCCAGGUUUAUGAAGCUAAUUUAUUGACUUGGCAAGGGCUUAUUGUUCCUGACAACCCUCCAUAUGAUAAGGGGGCCUUCAGAAUUGAAAUCAACUUUCCAGCAGAGUAUCCAUUCAAGCCACCGAAGAUCACAUUUAAAACAAAGAUCUAUCACCCAAACAUUGAUGAAAAGGGGCAGGUCUGCCUGCCGGUGAUUAGUGCUGAGAGCUGGAAGCCAGCAACCAAGACUGACCAAGUAAUCCAGUCCCUCAUAGCACUGGUGAAUGACCCCCAGCCUGAGCACCCCCUCCGGGCUGACCUAGCUGAAGAAUACUCUAAGGACCGUAAAAAAUGCUGUAAGAACGCUGAAGAGUUUACAAAGAAAUAUGGGGGAAAGCGACCUGUGGACUAAAAUCUGUCGUGAGUGAUUCCAGCAAGUGUGAGCAGAGACCCCCACAGUGCAUUCAGACACCCGCGAAGCAGGACUCUGGAAAACUGACACGUGCCAUCACCUGGCAUUGGCUUGUGGCAGUUACUAACUUUCUACAGUUUUCUUAAUCAAAAGUGGUCUAGGUAACCUGUAAAGAAAGGAUUAAAGAUUUCAGAUGUUCUA